AUGCCUUAUGCAAAUCAACCAUCCGUAGGCAUCACUGAACUCUCGAACGAUAAUGUAAAAUUUAUUGUUGAGGACACAGAAUUGAGUGUUGCAAAUAGUCUGAGACGAAUAUUUAUAGCAGAAACUCCAACGAUCGCUAUUGAUUGGGUUCAAUUGGAAUCAAAUACCACAGUUUUGGCUGAUGAAUUUAUUGCUCAUCGCAUCGGGCUAAUUCCUUUAAUAUCUGACGAAGUAGUUGAUCGAAUGAUGUACAGUCGUGACUGCGGUUGUGUGGAUUUCUGUCCAGAAUGCAGUGUCGAAUUUACGUUGGACGUGAAGUGUAAUGAUGAGCAAACGCGUUUAGUGACUACAGCUGAUCUCAAUUCCAGUGAUCCACGCGUUCUCCCUGUUACAGCCCGUAAUCGUGAUGAAGAUGAUAACGAAUAUGGCGAAAAAACUGAAGAAAUUCUUAUAGUAAAACUUCGUCAAGGACAGGAAUUAAAACUUCGCGCUUAUGCAAAAAAAGGAUUCGGGAAAGAGCACGCAAAAUGGAAUCCAACUGCAGGAGUGUCAUUUGAAUAUGAUCCAGAUAAUGAAAUGCGGCAUACACUUUUCCCAAAGCCUGAUGAAUGGCCCAAAAGCGAACAUUCCAUGCUAGACGACGAUCAUUACGAAGCAGAAUACAACUGGGAAGCAAAGCCUAACAAAUUUUUCUUCAACGUUGAGUCUGCGGGUGCCCUAAAACCAGAAAAUAUUGUUCUGAUGGGUGUUCAAGUCCUCAAGAACAAAUUGUCAAACCUUCAAACACAAUUAAGCCACGAAACUCAGACAAAUGCUUUAGCGAUUGUAUAA